AUGGCCCCAAUUGAAUCCACCCACUACCAGUAUCUCGUCAUCGGAGGCGGAUCCGGCGGCGUUGCCUCGGCCAGGAGAGCCGCGUCGUACGGUGCCAAGACGUUGGUGAUCGAGGGCAAGGCGAUGGGCGGGACGUGUGUCAAUGUUGGAUGUGUGCCUAAAAAGUUGAUGUGGUACGCUUCGGACAUGGCGUCCAAAAUCGCGCAGGCAAAGGAGUACGGCUUUGACGUGGCUCCUUCGGCCGCCAAGACCUUCAACUGGGAGUAUCUCAAGCCUAAGAGAGACGCCUACAUCCAGAAAUUGAACGGGAUCUACGAGAGAAACAUGCUGAAGGAGGGCGUCGAGUACGUCUACGGCUGGGCCAAGUUUGUGGGCGAGAAGCUGGUCGAGGUUGCUAAGCGCGACGGUACGACCCAGGUCUACACCGCUGACCACAUUUUGAUUGCCUCUGGUGGGGCGCCAAUCUUGCCAGACGUUCCAGGCGCCGAAUUGGGCACCGAUUCCGACGGGUUCUUCAAAAUGGAGACCCAACCAAAGACCGUUGCGGUCGUUGGGGCGGGCUAUAUUGGCGUGGAGUUGGCCGGUGUGUUCCACGGCUUGGGCUCCGAGACCCACUUGAUCAUUAGAGGUGAAACUGUCUUGAGAUCCUUCGACGAAAGCAUCCAGGAAACCAUCACCGACCACUACGUCGAGGAAGGCAUCAACGUGCACAAGAAGUCCAACGUGAAGUCUGUGGAAAAGUUGGCCAGCGGCUUAUUGAAGGUCACCUUGACCACUGAUGAAGUGUUGGAGGUCGAGGCGUUGGUCUGGACCAUUGGUAGAAAGUCCUUGGUGGGCUUCAACUUGCCAGCCAGCGGUGUCAAGGCCAACGACAAGGCGCAGAUUCUUGUCGACGAGUACCAAAACACCAAUGUCAAGGGUAUCUACUCCUUGGGUGACGUUGUUGGUAACGUUGAGUUGACUCCAGUGGCCAUCGCCUCGGGUAGAAAGUUGUCCAAUAGGUUGUUCAGUCCAGCUGAGUUUAAGGACCAGAAACAGGACUACGAAAAUAUUCCGUCUGUGAUCUUCUCCCACCCGGAGGCCGGCUCCAUUGGUUUAAGCGAGAAGCAAGCUAUUGAAAAGUACGGCAAGGACAACCUCAAGGUGUACAAGUCCAAGUUCACCGCCUUGUAUUACGCCAUGUUGGAGCACAAAUCGCCAACCUCCUACAAGUUGAUCUGUGCCGGCAAGGACGAGAAGGUUGUUGGGUUGCACAUUGUUGGUGACUCCAGUGCCGAGAUCUUGCAAGGUUUUGGUGUUGCCAUCAAGAUGGGCGCUACUAAGGCCGACUUUGACAACUGUGUUGCCAUCCACCCAUCCAGUGCCGAAGAGUUGGUUACCCUCCGUUAA